AUGGCCAUGCAAAUGGCUCAACAUGCCAAUGCCUCAAAAGUCCUCGAUAAACUGGAAGAACAAAAGCAAAGAUCCGAUGGACGCAGAUGGUGGUCACAAAAUGAUCGUGAUCAUGCCAAUGAUGUUGAAAUCACUUCCUAUGUCCUUAUGCAAGAGAUUUUCACAUGGCUGACGGAACAACGCAAUGAACGUGGUGGCUUUAAGUCAACACAUGAUACCAUUGUGGGUCUGCAGGCAUUGAUGGCCUAUUCGGAGAAAUAUAAUACUUUGGAAACGAAAAAUUUGCGUGUAAAAUAUUCCGCGAAAGAUUUCCGCACACAAAAUGUAAAAUCCGGAGAACUGCAGGUGGAUGAAAAUAAUUUAUUAAUUUUACAAACUGAAGAGUUCCCCAAAUCAACUCGUGGCAUAGACAUUGAAGUCAUCGGUUCGGGCAAUGCUUUCGUCCAGUUGUACUAUCACUAUAACACCAUUUUGGAGGAUAAAUUCGUACAUUUUCGUAUAAAUCCCAAGGCGAAGUUGGUGAAUCCGGAAUUGUUGAGAUUGGAAAUAUGUUUUAGCUAUCGUGCCGAUAAAAAUUCUACUGCAACACAGCUAAUACUUAUGGAGAUCAAUCUACCCUACGGCUUCACAACCAAUGAAGAUUACGCCAACGAAUUGCUGAAAAAGGAACUGGUCAAUCGAUUUGAAUUGAAAAAUUCAGACACCACUUUGAUUGUGUAUUCUGAAAAGCUAUCAGCAAAUAUUGAUAAUUGUUUCAUAAGCUCGACGAUGUCGUAA